AUGCAAACCUGUUUGGUCUUCAUCAUUCUCUCUGCUUUGGUUGAUGCAGUGGACCUGCUGGUCUGCGAAGUCUGUAGCAUGCCGGGGGAGGCCUGUGACGGAAAGAUGGAGCCGUGCUUCCUGGGUGAAGAUACUUGCGGUACCAUCCUAGGGAAGACCAAUCUUGGCACGGAGCAAUCUUCAGGCAUCUUCAAGACCUGUACGGAAUAUACAGCUUGCAAAACCGGCAUCAGGACUAUGACUCUUGGCCCUCAGAUAACACUGAGAAGGGGUGCUUUGUGCUGCCGUGGAGAGAGCUGCAGAAAUGAAUCAGUUAUAUUACCACCAGAAAAUACGACACGAAAUGGGUUCAGCUGCCCAAUUUGUUAUGUACAAGAUUCUCAUUCUUGUGUUGCUGAAAGGACCCUGGGUUGUACUGGAUCUGAGAAUCACUGUGUCUACGUGACAGGCACGCUGGAUUCCUUACAAGGCAUCACUGCCAACACCACCACGUUUGCCGCCAAGGGCUGUGCGACCAGGAGCAUCUGUGAGCCUAAACACGGGGUAUCUGUUUAUUCUGGUGUUUUGUCCUACACCAUAACCACAAUUCAGGCGUGCCACCCAGCCCCCAUCACAACAAAUUCAGCCUACGUUCGCCACAUCUCUUGGACAAAACCCAUUUCUCUGUUCCUCGUUGCCAUUUCUGUCACAUCCUCCUUCUGUUUCCUGUCCCACACCUCCUUCUUGUAG